AGUGACACAUAAAAUAUGCAACCAGUCAUCAACUUGAAAGACUGCUCAUUAUGCAGAGGCGCUAGGCUUAUAAGAGAAGAAUUAGAAGGAAAUAGAUAACGAAUAUCGCUUCAGUUCCAAAGUCUAAUUUUCCAGGCUAAUGUGCUUUUAAUAAUUAGAGUCCAAAUCAGCUGACAUAGACUGGCUUUGAACUGUCAUCGAGUGAUAGUGAUACGGGAGCUAGCUUGCGCUCCACGCCGGAACUGUGGGCUAGUGAUACACAGGGUAUCCCGAUUGUCUGCUUGACUCUCGUUGCUGCCCGCUAUCUUCGUGAAGUAAAGUCUGGAGAUGGACAUUGAUUCGUUUUUUCAUUCGAUCUUAGAAUACGGGUCUUCAGCAGGUCUUGUACUAGCUGAAGCCCUGGAUGAUCUCGAUGAUGCACUCUCAGAAUGGCCACCCAUCCUCUUGGUUACCAUAACUGCAUUUGUCGUCACUGUUGCCAUGGAAAUGUAUGCAUGGUAUUCAGAAUCAGAUCUGACUUUAAUGCAGAGAGGAAAGAGAAAGUUCUUCAAGCUGCUCAGGAGUGCACCGAUUAUUGGAAGCAAGAUCAAGGAAGAAUUAAAGACCACCAAGAAUAACAUUGCCAAAUCAUCCUUCAAAUUACCCAAGGGUGAGAGCUAUAGGACUAAGCUUCCAGAGGCGGGGCUUAGUCAAGGAGAAAUAAUGGCAAUACUCAAGAAAAACUACAAAAGCUUAGAGGAGAUAGAUUGGCAGGAAGGCAAAGUGUCGGGGACAAUUUACACUGGAGAAAACUAUGGCAUUAUGGGACAGAUCUUUGAGCUCUUCUGUAGCUCCAACCUUCUUCAGCCUGGUGUCUUCCCUGGAGCUAGGAAGAUGGAGGCCGAGAUUGUGGCUAUGUGCUGUGAUAUCUUCAAAGGUGGCCCAGACUCAUGCGGUACUACCACAUCUGGAGGAACCGAAAGCAUCUUACUAGCGUGUUUGGCUUACAGAGAGAUGGCGAAAGAAAGAGGUGUGCGUAAACCAGAAAUUAUUCUUCCAGACUCUGGACAUGCUGCUUUUGAGAAGGCUGCGCAUCUAUUUGGAAUGAGAAUUAUAAGAACUCCCUUGAAUAAGACCACAUAUGAAGCUGAUGUAAAGGCCAUGAAACGGAUGAUAAACAAGAAUACCUGUAUGUUGGUUGUCUCUGGUCCAAGUUUUCCACAUGGAAUCAUCGAUCCCAUCUCAGAAGUGGCCAGGCUCGGUGUGAAGUACAACAUCCCCGUUCACAUUGACAUGUGCAUGGGUGGGUUCUUGUACCCGUUCUUGAGACUAGGGGGGCAUGACAUACCCCCUGCGGAUUUCAGCGUGGCAGGGAUCACCAGUAUAUCAGCCGAUUUACACAAGUAUGGCAAAGCACCAAAAGGAAGCUCUGUUGUCAUGUACAGUGAACAGAAGUAUCGUCAAGGACAGUUCUUUGUGUUGACUGACUGGAUUGGAGGAAUCUAUGCUUCCCCUACCCUGGCAGGAACUCGAUCUGGUGCAGUGAUAGCUACAGCAUGGGCAGCUCUAAUGCUCCAAGGCUUUGAUGGAUAUAUCCAGCAUGCUGACAGGGUUAUCAAAACAAGAGAAUCCAUUGAGAAAAGAAUUAGAGAGGUUGAGGGCAUCUAUGUGAUUGGUCAGCCUAAAGUAAGUGCUUUUACCAUAGCAUCUACUGUCUUUGACGUCUUUCGCCUGGGCACUGCCCUGACAGAGAAGGGAUGGCAAAUGUACACUGUUCAAAAUCCAUCAGGUCUAUGUAUGACUGUUACUGAUCUACUGAGCAAGGAUACGGCUGAUCAGUUGGUAGCCGAUGUCAAGGAAUGCACUGCAGAGAUCAUGAAAGACCCCAAUGCCAAAGCACAAGGCAUGGCGGCAAUCUAUGGCAUGGCGGCUACUCUGCCCGAUCGGUCUUUGGUUGCCGAUUUCGUUUGUGGAUAUCUUGAUGCCUUCUAUACUACAGACAACCAGCAACAGUGAUUUUCAUCCAAGUCUGAAAUAAUGACACCUUUCGUCACCUUAGGUUUCUAAUCUACACUCUAAAUCCUGCUAUACAGUAGAUCCUCAACAAGCAACAGUGAUUUCCAUCCAAGUCUGAAAUAACACCUUUCGACACCUGAGGUUUCUAAUCUACACUCUAAAUGCUGCUGUCCUCAUCAAGCAAAUUGUGACGUAAUGAGUACUAAUGACAGCUUGAGA